CUCCGCCCCCGCUCGCUGCCAGGGCGGCUGAGGCAGCGGCCGCGCUGUCCGCGCUUGCCGCGCUCCCGCCUCGGGGCAGCGCCGCGCCGGGAGGAUGCGAGUGGGCGCCGCGGAGCGAGGCGAGGGCGCGGGCGGCCGCGGCGUUGGGAGCUCCCGGCCCAUCCGCCGCCCCCCCGCCCCGAAAGAAGUGCAGUAGUUUGUGAAGCGCAAGAUGGCGGCGCGGCCGUGAGCGCAGGCGGCGGGCGGGCGGCGGCGCGGGCUGAGGGGGCGAGGCGGAGCGGCGCCGGCAGGAUGUGCAGCACUGGAAACCAGCACCAACUUCAAUAAACCAUGUAAUGGAGACAGUUCUGGAUCUCUGAAAGGGCUCAGUAUCUGCAGUAGUGAAUGUUACCUGGUGGUGGAUGUGGACUUUAAAACAGUGUGUCUCAACAUCUCAUCCUCAACUAUUUUUAAUCUGAUUGCACUACGAAAGAAAAGCUGCUAAUGGGAUAAAUGUUGAGACUUUACAAGAACUGACUUGAAGUACCGAAAGCCAUUAUUAUUAUUAUUAUUACUAUUAUUAAUCAAGAAGAGCUUGAAGCUAAGUCUGUAUCUGACCAGUUAUAACAGUCAUGGCAAGUAAACGAAAAUCAACAACACCCUGCAUGGUCUUAGCCAAUGAGCAGGAUCCAGAUCUAGAAAUGGUAUCAGACCUGGAGGAAGGACCACCUGUGCUCACGCCAGCAGAUAACCCUACAGCAGAGAGUGUCACAAGUGAUGAGGAUGUUCAUGAGUAUGUGGAUUCAGACAAUAAGAAAAACGCAAAUAAAGUAGAAGGUGGUUAUGAGUGUAAAUACUGUACUUUUCAGACUCCAGAUCUCAAUAUGUUUACUUUCCAUGUGGAUUCAGAACACCCCAACGUAGUAUUAAAUUCAUCCUAUGUUUGUUUAGAAUGUAAUUUCCUUACCAAAAGAUAUGAUGCCCUCUCAGAACAUAAUUUGAAGCACCACCCUGGAGAGGAAAAUUUUAAAUUGACUAUGGUGAAACGAAAUAACCAGACAAUCUUUGAACAGACAGUAAAUGAUCUCACUUUUGAUGGGAGUUUUGUUAGAGAAGAAAAUGCUGGACAGGCUGACUCUUCUGAGGUCCCCUCAUCAGGGAUCUCCAUUAGCAAAACUCCUAUCAUGAAAAUGAUGAAAAACAAAACCGAGGCUAAACGUAUUGCUGUUUUCCACAGUGUAGUUGAUGACAUUCCUGGUGAAGAAAAGGGAACUGAAAAUGAGCCAAACUCAGAAGAAGUAGUAGAAAACCCCCCACCGGCAGUUUCUGAGUCAAAACCAAGCCAUUCAGUUGUUUGCAGUGCAGCAGAUGUGGCUGGUGCAGUAGUGAACCCGGCACCAGUGCUUCAGCCUGGGGUGGCACAGGUUAUAACAGCUGUUACAGCUCCACAGAACUCAAACCUGAUUCCGAAAGUACUAAUACCUGUAAAUAGCAUUCCAGCCUAUAACACUGCUUUGGAUAACAAUCCUCUUUUGCUUAACACCUACAACAAAUUCCCAUAUCCAACCAUGUCAGAAAUCACUGUUCUUUCCUCUCAAGCUAAGUACACAGAAGAACAGAUUAAAAUAUGGUUUUCUGCCCAGCGUCUGAAACACGGAGUGAGUUGGACACCAGAGGAGGUGGAGGAAGCAAGGAGGAAACAAUUUAAUGGCACAGUGCAUACUGUGCCACAGACAAUUACCGUUAUUCCAGCACACAUUUCGGCCGCUAGCAAUGGUUUACCUUCAAUUUUACAGACAUGCCAAAUAGUUGGUCAGCCAGGACUUGUUCUCACUCAAGUUGCAGGUACAAAUACAUUACCAGUAACAGCUCCGAUAGCUUUGACUGUAGCAGGAGUCCCAAGCCAAACACAGUUACAGAAGAGUCAGAUUCACAGUGCUCAGCCUAUUGCAGAAACCAAACAAGUAGCUGCCAUUCCAGCCCCUCAGCCUAUCAAAAAUGAAUCCACACUAAUGAAUCCUGACUCCUUUGGCAUCCGAGCAAAAAAAACUAAGGAACAACUGGCAGAAUUGAAAGUCAGCUACCUUAAAAACCAGUUUCCGCAAGACUCAGAAAUUGUUAGGCUUAUGAAAAUAACAGGCCUCACUAAAGGAGAAAUCAAAAAAUGGUUCAGUGAUACACGCUACAAUCAGAGAAACUCAAAGAAUAAUCAUGGGAUUCAUCUCAAUAGUGAUUCAUGUGCCACCAUUGUUAUUGAUUCAAGUGAUGAAAUGAAUGAAUCUCCAACAGGAGUCACUACACAGAGCAAAUCAUCUUGGGGUACUUUUCCUGAUUUCAGCCCACAGAAAUUCAAAGAAAAGACUUCUGAACAGCUGCAAGUCCUCCAAGCAAGUUUUCUUAAUAACCCUGUCCUUACUGAGGAAGAGAUGAAUAGGUUAAGAGCCCAAACAAAACUGACCAGGAGAGAGAUUGAUGCCUGGUUUACAGAAAAAAGGAAAUCAAAUGUCUUGAAGGAAGAGGGAGCUGACAUGAAUGAAAGCAAUGCUGGCAGCUCAAAAGAGGAGACUGGAGAAACAUCUGUGGGAGAUGGAGCAGCAGGAACAAAAUCAGGGUGUUCCACUUCAAGCAAAAUAGGCAAAAAAUCACCAGAACAGUUGCACAUGCUCAAAAGUUCUUUUGUCCGUACUCAGUGGCCAUCUCCACAAGAAUACAACAAGCUGGCAGAAGAAACUGGGCUUCCAAGAUCAGAAAUUGUGAGCUGGUUUGGAGAUACUCGGUACGCCUGGAAAAAUGGUGGAUUGAAAUGGUAUUACUAUUACCAGAGUGCCAAUGCAAACAGUCUGAAUGGCCAAGGCUUUGCAAGGAAGAGAGGGAGAGGAAGACCAAAAGGAAGGGGGAGAGGGAGGCCUCGGGGGAGGCCUCGGGGAAGCAAGAGGUUAAAUUGCUGGGACAGAGGUGUGUCUGUCAUAAAAUUUAAAACUGGAACAGCAAUCCUGAAGGACUAUUAUAUGAAGCACAAAUUCCUUAAUGAGCAAGACCUUGAUGAACUGGUAGCCAAAUCUCACAUGGGAUAUGAGCAGGUCAGAGAAUGGUUUGCAGAAAGGCAAAGAAGAUUAGAACUUGGAAUAGAGCUGUUUGAUGAGAAUGAGGAGGAAGAGGAAAUGCUCGAUGAUCAGGAGGAUGAGGAAGAAACAGAUGAUAGUGAUACUUGGGAACCCCCCAGACAUGUUAAACGUAAACUUUCAAAAACUGACUGAUGUACAAUUUGGAAUUUGGGGACCAAAACCCUAUGAAUUAGGUUUGAUGUUAUGGUGAAGAGCCACAUGAUUUUUCAUGGCCUUCAGUUUAGCAAGCAGCUGCUUAGCAUCUUCCUCCCACCUAAGAGUGCAUAGGCAAGAUGCUACCUGUGCAGGCAAGAACUGUUUGCUUUGUUGCUACAAGAGAUGAACAUCCUCGGGCCUGUCCUGGGACAGGGGGUUACAAGUCAGAUCAAGUUCAGCUCCUCCUUUUCCACACUACCGAUGGGAGGGUUCAUGUUCAUCAUACACGUGACUGCUUCUCAAUAUUUAAUUGCCUUAUGUUGUUUAAUUCCAAAAAACCACAGACUUUUUUUUUGUUGUUGCUGUAAGAGAACAUUGCCUGCUUGUGAAGGAGGAAAACAAAAAUAUUAGAUGUCUUUUUGCAAACAUCCCUUCAUCUGAAAGGUUUCAAGGCCUGGGUUUAUUUCUUAAGGAAAGCGUUGAAAACAGAAGGGGAAAAGUGUGACAAAAGGAACCAAUGAACCUAGGGCUGCCCAGUGUGGUGAAGGGGAAGCAAUUCUUGAAAAAUUUCAAGAUAACUGGUUAACUGUGAAUGGGCCUAAUCUUUUCGUGAAACCAAGAAAAUUUUUGGACACACACAGGACUUGAAUACUCAAAAGGAUUGGAACU